AUGCACUUCCUCCAAAAUUCCAGAAAGCCCCGUAAAACUCCCACCUCUUCGCACCUUUUAACACGCUACGAGGCUAUCAGCAGUGGUGGCGACGACAGUGGUGGUGGUGGCGGAAGCCGAGAAAACCCUCCUGGUGCUACAAGAUCGCACCACCGCAACCGGCACUAUCACUCUCAUUGCCAACAGCAUCGACACGGAGUGAUUCCGUCUAGCUUGAAGCGUAGACAGCCGUCUUCCGCUUCACCGUCACCUUCAGUAUCGGUCUACAAGGCUCGUCGACGACGAAAAGGCACCUUCUCAUCCUCCUCCCCUUCCUCCUCUUCCUCCACCACUUCCUCUUUCAGAGCUGUUGCCACGAACACCUUACUUGACAAUAUAUCGGUUGGAUGUAUCAUCUUCCUCCUCGCCAUCAUCAUCGUCGUCAUUGACGGUAGAAUCUCUUGUUUCAUGCUAUCGACGGCAUCAGCGCCAUCAGAGAAGGUCACCACCAACACGAGGAAUUGCUGCACAAUCGAUACGAAGGUCUUUACACGGCACUCCCCCGUCCUCUACAUUCUCUUCCUCAUCUCCGUCGUUGUCGGUAUCAUCAGCCUCACAGAUGGCUGCCAGUGCAUUAACGCCUUAUCAACGAGGCUCAUGGAGCCUGAGACGACUACGCCAGUGGCGUCAUCUGCCACUGCAUACCGUGAGGCACGCCGACAUUUCGUGCGUUUGCACAUAUCCAAAGCCACUGCAACUGGACAUGAUGAGAUAAUUCUCGCCUUUGAUAUAUCCCGUGCUUUUGCCAAAGUUGCGGUUGUAUCUCAUCCUUUCGAACUCGAAAAGCCCCGUAAAACUCCCACCUCUUCGCACCUUUUAACACGCUACGAGGCUAUCAGCAGUGGUGGCGACGACAGUGGUGGUGGUGGCGGAAGCCGAGAAAACCCUCCUGGUGCUACAAGAUCGCACCACCGCAACCGGCACUAUCACUCUCAUUGCCAACAGCAUCGACACGGAGUGAUUCCGUCUAGCUUGAAGCGUAGACAGCCGUCUUCCGCUUCACCGUCACCUUCAGUAUCGGUCUACAAGGCUCGUCGACGACGAAAAGGCACCUUCUCAUCCUCCUCCCCUUCCUCCUCUUCCUCCACCACUUCCUCUUUCAGAGCUGUUGCCACGAACACCUUACUUGACAAUAUAUCGGUUGGAUGUAUCAUCUUCCUCCUCGCCAUCAUCAUCGUCGUCAUUGACGGUAGAAUCUCUUGUUUCAUGCUAUCGACGGCAUCAGCGCCAUCAGAGAAGGUCACCACCAACACGAGGAAUUGCUGCACAAUCGAUACGAAGGUCUUUACACGGCACUCCCCCGUCCUCUACAUUCUCUUCCUCAUCUCCGUCGUUGUCGGUAUCAUCAGCCUCACAGAUGGCUGCCAGUGCAUUAACGCCUUAUCAACGAGGCUCAUGGAGCCUGAGACGACUACGGUAGGCUAA